AAACCGAGUAACCAACUAACCUUUCUCCUUCCUCCUUCAUGUAUAGCCUCUGUACCUCUUCUAGCUAAAAAGUUAAAGAGAGACUCAGAUCUGAGCUUGAUGGUUGCUGCCAUCGAACAAUCUGAAGCUACUCUGCUUCCCUAAUUUCACUGCUCUAACUUAUACGGUUUCGUUUCUGUUUUUCAGGCCAAGGGAAACUAUUGAAAGGGAAAAUAUAAUGUAAUCAAUCUGCAGUGGGGGCGACCAGAAAAAGAAAAGCAAGGAAAUCAUCAACCCUAUUAUGCAGAUGGGACUUAUGAAGUGGAUAAUGAAAUAAUUUUCAGAACAAAGUGUUAACAUUGUGAAAGCUGACACUUAUAUAAACACAACUUGCCGAGUUUCCAAGUGAACUAAUUAAUCAAUGGCAAAAAAGAUGCAGCAAGAUUUUUCGGUCCAUGAUACAUCCCUGUCGCCAACGGCUGCGAGAUCGAGAGAGUGGGAGGGCCCAUCAAGAUGGACCGAGUACUUGGGUCCUGAUAUGACUUCUCCAAUGACAUUUAGGACUUCUAGGAACAGGGGUUCUGAUGGACAGGUUCAGAGUUCAGGUGGUUCUCAUAAGGGUUUGAACUUGCAGUGGGUAUUACAGCUUACUGAAGUAGCUGAAGGCCUCAUGGCCAAAAUGUAUAGAUUAAAUCAAAUCCUGGAUUAUCCAGAUCCAGUUGGUCAUGCAUUUUCAGAAGCAUUUUGGAAGGCUGGGGUGUUCCCAAACUAUCCAAGGAUUUGCUUAUUGCUCUCGAAAAAGUUUCCUGAACAUUUUAGCAAAUUGCAACUUGAACGAGUUGAUAAGAUUGCUUUGGAUGCUUUGAAUGAUAGUGCAGAAGUUCAUUUACAGUGCUUGGAGCCAUGGGUUCAGCUGCUCAUUGACUUGAUGGCAUUUCGAGAACAAGCUCUGCGCCUUAUAUUGGAUCUAAGUAGUACGGUCAUUACCUUGUUGCCCCAUCAGAACUCACUUAUACUGCAUGCAUUUAUGGAUCUGUUCUGUUCAUUUGUCCGUGUCAACCUUUUCUCUGAGAAGGCAAGUGAUCUUUCUGUCUUUCCUUCUCCUUAAUUUUUCCGUUCUGUUUAUGUAUUUGU